AUGUCAAAACCCAAAGAAGAAAAAAAAGCGGGUGCUUAUUCGGUUGCUCUCGAAGAACCCGCAGUAUUCUCGACGAUGAAGUGUGGCGGUCCAUUAAUGUUUUUCGGGGAAAAUGGAAAUUCGGGCACUCAACGAAAUUACCGAUCUGUCGUCGUCGGACUCGCGGUGAUGUUUUCCAUAAGAGAUUUUCAUCUCUCUCACUCUCACUCUUUUUUAUUAUUUCAUUUUUUUUUUCCCCCGCAAAACAAGUCGCCGCAGGUGGUAUUAUGUACCGUCAUAGAAUGCCAAACGCGCGCGUAUAUAAGGGAAGUGUAUAAAAUAUAAAAGUGGACCUUAAAAGCCCGCGCUGACGUUUGCGGACCGCCGACCUAUUGUUGUAUGUUCGGCGGAGAACGGUCAAAGCGACGACCAGAGAUAGUUUUUAUUUUAUUUUUUUUUUUUUAUGUUUUUUCCCCUCGCCGGACGGUCGAGAGCUCUACACAACGCCAUCCCGAAUACGAUAUACUACAAUACUAUAUUAUCUCUAUAUAUAUAUGUAUAUGAUUCGUAUGCUAUGCACAGUAGGUACACGCACCCACUACGUAUUAUAUUUAUUACAUGGUCCCGUAUCCGACCCCCAUCUUUGACCGAUAUAACAUACAGGAUAUCGUGUCCUCGAAUAAUUAAGAGGAGGCUACACGUCGUGCAUUUUGUUGUCUCAGUCGUACAAACGUAGAGCCGCGUUUAAGGGUGUGAAACGGGUGCAAUUAUGCCAAGCGUCAAAUUUAUGUUGCAUGGAUGUCUAACAUGUUAUACGGUUACACUUAUGUUGUAUACAUUUUUAGUUUCGGAACGUUUUAUAGUUAUUAACCGAGGAGCGUCAAAUUUAACACAAGGUACACUAUAAGUUGUAAUUAAAGGUCUGAAAAACGAAUUCGAGUUUAAUGCGUUAGUUUUUUUUUUUUUUCAUAAGCGUUUCAGAUCAAACUUUGACGAAAAUCAUUAAAAAAUUAUGGAAUUUCAUAUGUCUUACCGAACAUCGCAUCGGAUCCUGUAUCGUUGACGAUGGUUUAUCUUUGCGUACAGAUGUAAAUUAAAUACCUUUAUGUAUCCUAUCUUCCCAACUUCUCUCAUACAACAGUAACUGCAUCCGUCCCCAUCAGCAUCAGCUCUUUUUGUUUUAAAUACAAAAAAAACAAAUAAUAAACUACUCACUUACAAACUUUUCGAAAACGAUAAAAUGGAUGAACUUGAAAUUAGGAGCAAUAGUUACACGUAGAUGUACAAUGAGAAAGAAUUUUAAAAUAUUUUGAAAUUGAGCCGAUUAAGCAAGCGGAUUUUAUCGUCAAUUCGUAUUGUUUAGCCGACUACGGUCGUAUAACGGCGCGUCAAUUAUAAUAUGUUAACACCAUUUCAUCAGUUUGGACUUCUUUCACUGUCUCUACACGAAGAAAGAGGAAUAAUAAUUUACCUAUUCUAUUUCAUAUAAUAUUACUAAUAAACUAAAUUAUAAUGUAACAGGUAAUAAUAUUUUUUUUAAAACCUGGAAAUAAGCGUACCAAAAUAAAAGUUCGUGAAAAAAGAAAUAAAACAAUUCGUUAUGUUAUAAAAAUAGUUUCUCUAACAAAAUAUAUAUUUGUAUGGCGUUAUGAGCAUCAACAAUAAUAAAAAUAAAAGUAGUUUUCAAAUAAUAAUAAAAAAAGAUUAGGGUAAUGAGUACUAUUGUGACGAAAAUUAUUGGACGGCGUAACCAAAUUAAUAUUUUCAAUUUUGUUUUUUUGUUGUUAUUUGGUUAAAAAUAAUCGUAGAACUGAUAUUGAUUUUUGAGAUAUAUUUAUAGGCAUUUCAUAAUUUUUAGUAAUAGAUAAAUUUAAAUUAUGUGUUCUGGCUGUUCAAAUUUUGGAACUUACUUUUUUUCAGUACUUUAAAUAUGUAACUACUUUAAAAAAAAAAAUCAACUAUUUUAAAAUUAUAUAUUAUAUAUUUUUUUUGUUGAAUGUUGAAAAUACAUUAAAUUAUUUUAUUCAAUGUAUUGAAAUGUAUGUAUUAAUAAAAUAAUAGCUGAUCGAGUAUAAUUUCAUUUCAGUUUCAAUUUACGAAAAAAAAACCUUUUAAAUUAAUAAUCCAAGUCUUGAAAUUUAUUCUUAUAAGAUAUUAGAAAAAAAAAAUGAUUCUAAUAAUAUCAUAAUAUAUUUUAAUAUUUUAAUACAAUCUAACUUAAGUAAACUUCUUCUUGAGGCACCUUACAGCCACUGUGAGCUCUAUGUAUACGUAAUUUAAAAAAAAAAAAUGUAUGCAUGAAAUUGAAAAAAAGGGGUAGAAUUUAUUUAUAUUGGUAGUAAAAUUCUAAAUGCGGCACAGUAUAUGCAUUACGAGUCGUAAUUUGUGGCAUAGCGAAGUUGUAUUCAAGCAAAAUCAAUUUAAUGUAUUUAGUUUUAAUACCAGGGUGAAGUUUAAUUGACCAAUAAUUACCAAACUUAAAGAAUUGUCUUUAUAUGUUAUUGAUUUUUUUUUUCUGAUAUUUUAGUUUUCAAACAAAGUAUAAGCAUUUUUAAAUUAUAAUGUUUCACAUACAAUACUUAAAAAUUAAAAUAACGAUAAUGUUCUUACUUUUAAAUUUUAUAAUAAAUUAAUUUACUUUAAUAUUAAAACUAAAAAUGUUAAAUUGGUUUUCCUGAACGCAAUUCUGGCAUGUCGUGUGUUUGUAAGACAGCAAAUGCAUGUGUAACGCCCUCUUAAAAUCGUCCAUUCAUUGGCCGCAGUAAAUAAAAUUCGAAAAAUAAAAUGAACACGGUAUAAACUCGUUGUCAAUGUUCUCAAUAGACUUGAUUUUUAAUCAUGUUAUAGAAAUCCAUUGUUUUUCGAUAUUCUUCGAAUAAUUUUUAAUAUCGGACAGCCAAUUCGAUUGAAUUAAUCCGAUCUUUAACUGUUAUAAGUCAUAAACGUAUACUGUUGAUGUUGUAGUGUUAUGCAUACUAUCACUUUGUUUAGAAAAAUAAUUUUUUUUUUAAUCUGUAUUUAAACGUAAGAUGUUUAUUUGAAAACCCAAAACGUAUACUCAUUCAAUAUUUAAAGAGAAGAGGUGUAUAAAUUCGAGAAUCAUGUUAAAAUAAACCUUGAAUAAUUCCAUAUAAUGAUUGAAAAAACUGAAAUAGAAUUUACUAAUAACCCUUCGAGAAAUCAGAAAAUCGUUCGAUCAUGUUAAAAGAAUCACUCUGUACACUAAGCAAUAUAUUUAUUUAAUGUUCGUUCAAAAAAACCCAUCAAAACGGGUUCACCAGUAACUAUUAAGAAGUUCCAAUUAACGUUUUACAACAAAAAGAUUAAAGUCCCCUCUCGCUUUUAAUUUGAAAGAAAAAAUACGUCGUAUUUUUUUCUUCGCUUUUUUUUUAACGUAUAUUUAGAACAAGUAUUAUAUAAAACAAAAGCUCAUCCCACUCAUUAACCUCUAAUUUUGAUGAGUCUUUUGUAAUGAAUGUUUUUUUUCCUUCUAGGAGGGAAAAGGUCCCGAAAAAACAAUAAAAAACAAUGAAGUAUUCUACAAGACGUUUUUUUUCCACGGUAUUCUUUCGUACGCAUCGAUUGUUUUCUCCAGACAGUAUUUACUCCAAUUUAUACCCGGAGGGCUAAUUAGCACAGCACAGGCAGUAAGUAUAGCAAUCCCCUUUUGAACUCGAUAACCCGAUUAGACAAUAUUGGCAUCGUUCCCCGGGGACAGGAGGGAAAAUAAAAAAAAUUCGACUUUUUUUCGUUUUCUACGGCAUUAAUUUACGAAUGUUCACGGGGUGUAAAACACUAAGCACAGCAAGGUUGUGAAUUGUAUUGCAUAAACGACGCGCCUAUUUAUGGUCAUAAACAUUAAAUAUCAUAAUAUUACCAUGUACCACUCGUACUGAACCUGAAUAUAAUACGUUAUCCAUGGGCACCCGGAGUGGAGGGCGAUACGGGGCAUCAGCCCCUUGGGCUUAUAUUUUAAAUAUAGUUUCAACAAUUUAUUAAUAUAAUUUUAUUUUAAGUACUUUCGGGUGUUUGAUUUUAUUAUGCCCCUUCCUGAUAUAUUUUCUACGGGCGCCCAUAACGUUGUCCGUGUAAUUAAUUCGAUAUAACAAUAACAAACAAUGAAUAAAAUUAAAUUUGUAUAUAUUUGGCGGUAUUAAAAAAAAUCUACAGGCGAGAAAGCUUCCAUUUUAAAACAUUUUAAUUGAAAUGUCGAAUCAAUAUACCACUCGGUUAUUGCCGUUAUUACUACAACGAAUCAUGUUUGGACUUCAAAACACUAUGUGUGGGGAGUGGCGAGGGAGGCGAUGCGUUUCACUCGGAUCGCGGGUCGCGCUCGGGGCGGGCGGCCGCCGAGAGGUCGUGUCGGAAAAUCGUCCCCGACCUCGCGCCGAACACGCCGUCGAUUGUCGCGACGCGGAAUCGCGAAUAGACGACGAUCACUUCGGCACGAGCGGCGGCGGCGGUCUCGGCGUCGUCGUCCGUCGCCGUCCCGUUUAAUUGGACAAUACAAAGCGACGCGAAUCAAAAACCCUCUCGAGACCGUCGCGCGGUGGCGGAAACAGACUUCUCGUCGUCCGCGCGGCCGUGUUAUAAGGUUAGGCCCCGGCGGCUGCCGCUGAUGCCGGCGCUGCCGCUGCGGCGGCCGCCGUGUAAUUCGGUUAGCGAUGUCGCGCAACGGUGA